CGAUUGUUGCUUCGUCGCCGUCCUCUGUUCACCCGACGAAGAUGAACGGCGGUCCCUCCGGUUUCCAUAAUGCUCCGGUAACGAAAGCCUUCGUUAUCACGAGCGCCCUUUUCACUGUCUUCUUCGGGAUCCAAGGUCGUUCUUCUAAGCUCGGUUUGUCUUACCAGGAUAUUUUUGAGAAGUUUCGGAUAUGGAAGUUAAUCAUGUCGACUUUUGCCUUCUCCUCCACACCAGAAUUGAUGUUCGGAUUGUAUUUGCUAUACUACUUCCGCGUUUUUGAGAGACAGAUUGGCUCAAAUAAGUACUCGGUUUUUAUCUUGUUCUCAGGGACUGUAUCUCUAUUACUCGAGGUCAUUUUGUUAUCACUGCUUAAAGAUACCACAGCAAACUUACUAACCUCUGGACCAUACGGCCUGAUAUUUGCUUCGUUUAUACCCUUCUACUUGGACAUUCCUGUUUCAACAAGGUUUCGCGUAUUUGGUGUCAACUUCUCUGAUAAGUCAUUCAUAUAUCUUGCAGGGGUUCAGCUUCUACUAUCUUCUUGGAAAAGAUCCAUCUUUCCUGGAAUUUGCGGCAUAAUUGCUGGUUCCUUGUAUCGUCUGAACAUUCUUGGCAUCCGCAAGGCAAAGUUCCCUGAGUUUGUGGCUUCGUUCUUUUCGCGGCUGUCUUUUCCCUCUUUCGGUAACUCUCCUCCUCCUGCCCCAAGUAGGAACAUCGUUGGGACUAUAUCACCUAACACAGGGCGCCGAGCAGAGAGAUCUCAGCCAGCUCCAAUGGCGUCAAGUGUGGAGCCAUCUGAGGAAGCCAUAGCUACAUUGGUAUCAAUGGGAUUCGACAGAAACGCAGCGAGACAGGCGCUUGUGCACGCCAGAAAUGAUGUCAACGCCGCCACAAACAUCCUUCUCGAAGCACAAUCCCACUAAUUGAAAAAGCGUUUUACUCUGAAUGGGAAGAGGCAGAAACAUUGUUAAUUCCAGCUGAUGCUUUCUUCUGCUGCCAUUGGACAAACUUUUGGAGCCAACAUGAUCUCACCAUGUAUGAUCCGGCCAAAGAUCUGACCAAUCUUUUCUCUUUAUGUUCGUAGUUAGGACAAAUUGUGUAGGUUAU